UCAGUUACAUGUCCGAAGUGUUUUUCACCCAUAAAAUGGGGCUUCAGGGCGCGAAGGGCACAAAUUAAUUGAGUUUGUUGGUCGGUUUGGGUUUGGGUUUGGGGAUUUCUGACGCUUCCGAUUCUCCCGCUUCCCUCCACGACCGAUUUUGCCGGUCACCCGGUCGUGUAAUAUAACCGAUGGGAAGGGUAAAGCUAAAGAUAAAGAGAUUGGAGAACACAAAUGGUCGCCAAGCAACCUAUGCCAAAAGGAAGAAUGGCAUCAUGAAGAAGGCGAAUGAGUUAUCCAUACUGUGUGACAUAGACAUCGUUCUUCUCAUGUUCUCACCGACAGGCAAGCCCUCAUUAUGUAGGGGAGUGCGCAGUAGCAUUGAAGAGGUUAUUGCAAAAUUCGCACAACUAACUCCACAGGAAAGAGCAAAGAGGAAAUUGGAAAGCCUUGAAGCACUCAAGAAAACUUUUAAGAAGCUGGACCAUGACGUAAAUGUACAAGAAUUUCUCGGUACAAGUACUCAAACAGUUGAGGAUCUGACUAACCAAGCAAGCACAUUGGAGGCCCGAAUUUCAGAAAUACAUAAAAGACUCAGCUAUUGGACUAACCCUGAUAAGAUCGACAGCGUAGAACAUUUGGGGCAAAUGGAAAAUUCACUUAGGGAAUCACUCAACCAAAUACAAACACAUAAGCAGGAAAAUCUACAAAAGCAGCAACUUAUGUCAUUAGAAUGCAGUAGUCAGUUCCAACAUGAGAUGCAUAUGCCAUUCUCCUUGGGUUCUGACCAACAGCUCCAACCUUUACCAUGGAUUCCGAAUGAUGACAACCAUCAUUUAUUUUUACCUGAGGACCCAAACUUGCUUCCCCAUAGGGAUGCGGAGUGCUCUACGGCUUCCUCCCUUGGGAGUUACUCUGGUUACUUUUGCACCAAUAAAAAUUCAGAGAUUCAUAAUUCUGGGCAAGAAAAUGGCAUGCUGAAUGAGUUUUCCAGAAUUGCCCCUAUGAGGCUCCAACUGGGUGCGCAAUAUCCGUACUUGCCAUACAAUUUAAAUCUGAUGAACGAUACUAAAUUCCAACCAGCGACACAGAUGAACCCUCAAGAACUUCCUGUAGAUUAUCAUGUUAAUGGAAGCUUUGAAACUCCUAGACCAGGUUAUGAGACUACUCAACAUUGUUGGGCUUCCACAUCUGGGUCUGGUCCUAUUAGUAUGUUUGAUGAGCAUUUAUAUAAUCAGGUAUUGAGCUAUUGGAAAUAGUUCUGGAUUCUUAUAAAUAUGGUUUUGUUGCAGCAACCGAACUGAGAUACAUGAGCUAUCUGACCACUUAUCCACCAGAUAAGAGGUAUUGAACUUGGAUCAUAUGAUUUGGUAAAAGCCAUUCAUCCAUUGAGAUUUUUGCCAAUGGUUAGGCUUGGCCAUGCAAAUAAAGGAGGCAACAAGCAAGUGAUUUAUAGCACUAGUACUGCAAAAGACUGCCCCAAGAUUAGUCACCGGCCAGGAGCAAUGAUGCUGACUCCCUCAGACUGAUGUAACGCAUUUGUGAUAUUAUGUAUUCUGUAUACGAAUCAUAUAGGAUUAGGUUAGCUGAGUUGUUUUUUUUUUUCUUUUCCUGGCAUCUUUUCGGUGUCAUGACAGCCAGAAUUUGCCAUUCUAUGCUUCCUCCUAGGAACAUGACCUGUAGAUAAAGUUCAUGUAUAGCAACUACUAACCCAAAAUCACAUGAAUGUACUGAAAAUCAAGUCUUCAAUUUCAUAAUGGAUUUACCCUUUUGUUUUCCA